AAAACAAAACUACAAAAGAGAUACUUUAGUUUCCAAAUAUCAACAUAUAAUGUAGUAGGUAACACGCGCUAAUCAGACAAAAACGGUUACUGCACGUGACGUAACACGCGCCACCGCACACGGCUGACAAUGACAGCUAUACACUCCACAAGCACCAUGCUCUCCACCUUCAUUUCCUCUUCUUCACGCUCCACUGCCGUCAGGUCAAACAUGUUGUCUCCGUCAAAUCUGAUUGAAACGCCAGUCGUACUUGGAUUCGGUGGUGUUUCGGUGGAUCUGUUGGCGACUGUAGCGUCCUUUCCUAAUCCUGACGAUAAGAUCAGAAGCACUAGCAUGAAGGUUCAAGGAGGUGGUAAUGCAGGGAAUGCCCUAACGUGUGCAGCUCGUUUAGGAUUAAAUGCAAGGUUGAUAUCCAAGGUCGCCAAUGACGUGCAAGGGCGAGGAGUCUUGGAAGAAUUAAGAGCUGAUGGUGUAGAUGUCUCGUUUUUUGUGGUAUCAGAAGAAGGAAAUUCACCAUUUACCUAUGUCAUUGUGGAUAAUCAAACGAAAACUCGAACUUGCAUUCAUACUCCAGGGUCACCUCGUAUGACUCCAGAUGACCUCACAACCUCAACUGUGUCAUCUGCAUUGAACGGCGUGCAGCUUGCUUAUUUCGAUGUACGAUUGCAUGAAACCGCUUUAGUUGUUGCACAUGAGGCAAACAAGAGGGGUAUACCUAUUUUAAUUGAUGCUGAAAGAUUAAGAGAAGGAUUGGACGAGUUUUUGAAUUUAUCGGACUAUGUUAUGUGCUCUGCUAAGCUUCCACAGGCAUGGACCAAAGCUCCAACUGUUUCAAGCGCCCUUGUUUCCAUGCUGUUAAGAUUGCCAAAGGUCAAAUUUGUCAUUGUGACUUUGGGUGCGGAUGGUUGCAUAAUGCUUGAGAGAAGUAUAACUGUUCCAGCAGAUGAUGCUACAAUUGAAGAAAUGGAUGUAGACAAUCUACUUAAACUAUUAAAGCAGAAACUUGAUUGUGGUCAAACUGCUCCUACAUGCGUUUCAUCAGGUAUUACAAGAUUGCAAGCCAAAGGCGUGGGGAGUGUCUGUGGUAGGCUAUUUCUUGGAACAGCUGAGAAGAUUCCAGAACCAGAACUCGUUGAUACGACAGGUGCUGGAGAUGCAUUUAUAGGGGCUAUCCUUUAUGCUAUUUGCACCAACAGGCCACCAGAACAAAUGUUACCCUUUGCAGCUCAAGUGGUUAGUAUAAAAGUUACACGCAGCAAUUAGUUGCCGGGCUUUGGGAGCUCGAACAGGCCUUCCACGUCUAUCAGAUCCUCGAUUAACGCCUUUUUUAGGUUAGAGUCCCCUUACAACCGCAAUUAUGAUGUGGGUCGGGUAAGAAAUUUGAGGCCCGGUUUCCGGAUUUGGCUUUUCUUUCUUGUAUACUUCAUUGGGUUCUUUUGGACAGAUCUUGUACUCCUUGUGCCAUUUUAGUUACCUUUGCUUUGAGACAACCAUGUUAUAAAUGAUAAAAAAAGAUGUCUGUUAUUAAAAAGUCUACUUUGCUA